UUCGCGAAACCGACCGCCGGCUUUUCCCGCCGCCUCUGUUUACGUGUGUUAGAAUUUGUUUAUUUUGCUUCAGUUUCCUUAUUCCUUUCGCGCGCUCGCCGUACGCCACGCGGGGCCACACGGAGCGCAUCUUCCCGCUGCCAGGCACCGCUCCCGAUCGCUUCGAUAUGCAGCUGCAGGAGAAUGCACCAGCAAAAGGGGUUGUACAGUACAUAAUGCACACUACGUGUGUGUGUGUCUGUUUGAGUUUGUGUCUGUUGUGGCGCGCGGUUCACGCGAGAUCAUAUGGCACAGAACGCACCGCACGCUAGCGCGCAAGUUCUCUCGCUCGCUCUCCCCUUACUUUUCUUUUCCGAGCCCGAACUGAUUUUCUCCUCGCACGCUGGUACGAUCGCGAUCAUCUUCCCACUGAGAAAAGCGAGAUUUUUCACUGGUGCGCAGUGUCGUGUCGCGUUCGCGUGUUAUUUACAUCCCCAAGCAGGAUCCUGCGCAAUCCUUCGCUGCGACGGCUACGAAGCUACAGCGAUAGUGCGGUGCCGGGCGUCAGAAGACGAUCGACGACUCCCGGAGACGGUCCACCGUUCAGUCUCUGUCUGGUUCUGGCGGUGAGCGCCUGGCAAACGCUGGAACACUGGAAAGCGGACGCGCAACACUGGUGCUCGGAAAAUUCGUGACGCGAUCGUGUGUGUUGGAGUUGUGCAAGUGAAAGGAUUUGGCACAUGUUGUAAAGCCAGUGAAGUUGUAAUAGUUUAAAAGGGAUUUUUUUAAAUAAAAAAAGUUAAAAAUUUAAAAGCUUUUAUGCCGAUCAGAAGCAAAAAUUAUUGGUGAAAAGUGUGUGCUCAGCGUGUGAUAAACUAUUUCCCUGUGGACACUAGAACGCAUCAGCCGAUCAAUCAAACCCGCUGAAACCUCCUUCGAUGAACGGUUUGCUUACAAAUUCUCUCCCGGUCAUCUGAUCCACCUUCGUUAAGCUGAAAGAGAUAAAUAGAGGAUGACCGUUUUAUAAACUCACACUACCCGAAUUAUUUCGCGCAAAAGUCAAACGAUCGUUUUCAAUAGGCAAACACCUCAACCAUUCGGUGCCCUUUCCCUGCAGUGCUGUAUGUGGUUGUGUGUGUGUGAUUUUUCGUACGUACUUUAGUGAAAACCAAGUGUAAAGCAGGAAAAACAGGGUAAAGAAAAAGGUACACAACACGGUGUAAAAUUUGGAUACCCCGUCUUGGGACGGGUGAACGGACCUGUACCGGUGUUUCUUUCUAACGAACGUCCGAGUGUUUUUUUAUGUUUGGUUUUCCGUGGUACCGGUGUACAAAUACGUUACGUGUGUUCCUGCAACGGCGACGGCGGUUUGGAUGGUGGUAGUCGGAAAAAGCGCUCAAGACCCACUCACGAUGGUGCAGGAACAACGGCCAAACAACGUACCCGAAGAGCUGUACAAUCUCACCCAGCUGGCCGACGUAUCGCUGGCGGCAGGGAAGCUAAACACCGCCAGUCCACACUCACCCUACGAAACGGACUACCUGGCCCAUGCCACUGCUAAACUGUACAGUCCCAUAAAAUACAGCUCACCACUACGCCACUGUGACUCAUCGAGCAAAAUGACAACAAUGGUUGAUUUUUCUUCCGUACCCACCUCUUAUCACACUUUGCGCCGUACUGAACCGGGCCAAACGAUCAUUCUGGAGGAGAUACAAGAUAAAGGCUACGUCACGAAGCAGCAUCUCUUUUCAACGAGCGAACCACUGGCAAUGGAUUUGCACACGCUAUCUGCAGCCGAAGAUGCACUGAUGGCGGUGCCGGCCAAAAAGAAAUGGACUAAAAAGUGGGAAAUAAUCCACGGUCCGGUAAGCCCUGCUGGGCCGAUCAUUCAGCAGCAACAGCCGCAACAUCAAGUAGAAGAGCCCGUCUACAUUGUACGACCGGUUCAGGUAGAGCAGCAGCAAAUAGCAACACAUGUGUCAUCACCGCUGAUACUGAGCGUAGCCGAUAACGAACGCUCGUCGGGACUGAUCUAUUACGCACCGACGACGAUAAGACGUGUGGAAGAUAUCCCGCUCGGUACGGUUGAUGUCGGCGAUGAUAAGGAAUGCCCGAAGGAGAGAGAUAAGGAGAUGCAGCUCUACACUAUAAUAGAGUGUCCUGAGCUCGGCCCGGAAUCGGCAGUCAGUUGCUUCGGCAACGGCCAGCAGGUCGCAUUCUACGGCUCCUCGUCGUCGGAGGAAUCGCAGGAUGCGGUGCAGGGCUAUUCGCACAAAGUGUUUGACAGGAAGAAGUCGCGCAAAAUCCGUACGGUGUCGUGCAGAAGCAGCAGUGGCAGUAGUGAAGGCGGCACGCACAGUGAAUCAACAUCACAGGAUGCGGUGUUGAUGCAGGUUGAAGAGUUGGCCGAAUCGGUACGUCCGGGCAGCAGUGAGCCGGAAGGAUCACAGGACACCAGCAACGAUUCGGAGCAUUCGGGUGCAGACGAUCAGGCGAUGAAGAGUGGCGAGGAGACGACGACAUCACGCCCGGAGGACGUCCAUGUGUGUCCGGAGUGUAACAAGCGCUACUCGACGUCCUCCAAUCUGGCCAGGCAUCGACAGACGCAUCGCUCCCUGGAAGAUCAGAAAGCCCGUCGAUGUCCGUACUGCUCCAAGGUGUACGUCUCCAUGCCGGCCUACUCGAUGCACGUGCGUACCCACGACCAGGGCAGCAAGUGUCCGACCUGCGAUAAGCGCUUCUCCCGUCCCUGGCUGCUGCAGGGUCACAUCCGUACGCAUACCGGCGAGAAACCGUUCAAGUGCAGCGUCUGCAGCAAAGCGUUCGCGGACAAAUCGAACCUCCGAGCGCAUGUCCAAACGCACUCCAACACCAAACCGUACCAGUGCGGACGGUGCGGUAAAUCGUUCGCACUGAAAUCGUACCUCUGCAAGCACGAGGAUUCAUCCUGCUUGAAGAAUGACAAACCGGUGAAAGUACGCAAACCAACAACUGGCAGUGGGCGCAGCAGUGUACGGCGCGCUAAACCCACCAGAAGUUCAGAAAGGAGCGCUCCGGCAGGCAGUGAAGAGCGCUCUAACGGAGUAGCGGAGAGUAGCGGAACUAAUGGGCUACAGUCCGGGCAACAAGCGUCUGAUAAUCGGUACAACUACCCUGCGAAUGUUCCGUUUAAAGAUGUGUUACGUGCCAAGAUCAGGGAAGUAGUUGAAGACAAUUGUAAGCGAACUGCUCGUAUGUUGGCGGCAGCCAAUGGUACGACACCGCUGAAUGGGAGCGUCUCGCGUGAACCCACUCCCCAGAGCAAUCGUAUCAGCGUCAUACGCAUCGCAGGAUCACCAGGUGGAUAUGCACUGGAUGGAUCGCGACCCACUUCCAGCAAUAGCAGCAGCAGUAGCAGUAACAGCACCGAAUAUCACGCAGAAAGCUAUGCCGUGAUUGCGUAAUGUAACGGUGGUCGUCCCAGUGAUCGUACUCCGUUGCUUCGUGUUGAUCUCCUGUGAAACUAAGUAUUUCCUGUUUUGUUCUUCUCACCGCAAUCUUGCCAGCAAUUUUCCGUCGGUUUACGAUCGAGAGAUAGCCGCGCGGAGCUAGAGAAGAAUUAUUUAUUUAGUUGUUUUAGACACGCACGAUCGUAACCCUUUUUUACAUCCGCGCCAUUUUAUGAUUAGCUUAAGCCACUGGUAUACUAUUGUUAUGCUUAGUUAUGCGCUUCAUUGCAAGCCACCCUUUCAUCGUUAAGACUUUCGCUUAAGGUUCCUUUUGCACUAGAGCAUAAGAAUUUCAGUUUGCACACGCUGCAAACUAUUUCAAAAACACAGCUACAAUCCAAAGCAAUAGUUUAUAGGGCGGAGAAAGGGCUGAGCGAACGAUCGUUAUGCAUUUCGGAUCGCCCGUGUCCGUCAGAACGAAACGACCUCUAAGUAAUAUUCCUGGCUGUCGAUUAGCAUAAGUGCCGUUUGUAUAGUAUAUUGUAAGUGCGUGUGUGUGUGUGUGUCUGUGUGUGUGAGAGUGUGUUGUAACCUUUUAGUGCAUAGAUGUUUGACGACAUUUUAUGAACAGGACGAGAAUGUUCUAGUCUGAUUUGGAUUUAAUUUUGCGUAUCUGCGCUGGUGCAGGCUGUUGCCGCUCGAGUCGAGUGAGCUCGCAGCACUGCUACCGCCAUACUGAAGAUAAGAUUACAAUUCUAUUUUAUUUUCAUUUUAUUUUGUUUAAACAGUAGUUUUAUAUUUUUAUUUAUUUUCUAAAGUGAAUAGUUUUACGUUCAGUUUCGAUUUAUUUAAAUCAUAAUCCUUAGUUUACAUGUUUACAUACUGUUUGAUUUUUAAGAAAGCUGAAAAGGUGGUGCUAGUAAGUAAGCUAAUGUAUCUUAUGGUAGUAGUUUGCCUUCGAGUGGCAAACAAGUGCUGGGAAAUGUUGCAAUAUUAGGCGUAAGGUUUAUAGCUUAAGAAAGUUAGAUUUACUGGCAGGGAUGGUCCAAGAUAAGUAAACACUUGAUAAUUUUUAACGAAAACUUUUUACGAAGUGAUAGGACUGUUAGGCUGAUAAGGUUUAUAAGACAUUUACGCAAUAAGUGAAUAAAAGAUGUAUAAUUUGUAAAAAAAAGGAUAUCGAGGUUCUAUGGUGC